AUGUCAGAAACAUUACCAGAAGUUGAAAUCUUGCAAGAAGGAGACAACAAAACAUUUGCUCAAAAGGGAGAUUUGGUCACCAUUCACUAUGAUGGUAAAUUAACCAAUGGCAAAGAAUUUGACUCCUCUAGAAAGAGAGGCAAACCUUUCACUUGUACUGUUGGAGUUGGACAAGUUAUCAAGGGUUGGGAUAUUGCAUUGACUAAUAAUUUUGGUAAAGGUGGUAUUCCCAAGAUUUCAAAGGGGACAAAGGCAUUGUUGACGAUCCCACCAGAAAUUGGAUAUGGAUCUAGAGGUUUCCCUGGAUUGAUUCCUGCUAAUUCGACUUUGGUUUUUGAAGUUGAAUUGUUGAAGGUUAAUGAUCAGUAG